AUGGACCAAGACUCGGCCGCCUCGCAGGCCCAGCGCAAGAUCGAGCUCCAAUCCCCCGAGGACCUGGCCUACCUCGUGGCCAAAGUGCGCGGCGCUGCAGCCGCCCGCAUCAACGAGGCCUUCCCCCACGUCCCCGGCCAAGGCGAGGACGAGCUCCGGAACCAAAUCGAAUCCCUGGUCAACGAGGUACGUCCUCCUCCUCCUCCCCCGUCCACCACCCAAGUCCAGCGACUCACCCCGAAGCAGUACAUCGACAGGACCUUCACCCUCGCCGCGCCAAACCUGUCCAUAAACGGCCUCCCCGUCUCCUCGACCGAGUACCUCUCGCCGUCGCCCGCCACGCGCGACACCUACGAGCCCUUCGACGCCCGCAAGCGCCAGCGCGUCGCGGAGCUCAUAUCCCAGGAGGAGAAACUGCUCGAGGAAGUGGCGGCGCUGAAGCGCUCCGUGCCCGGCAAGGCGGCCGACGAGCAGGCCGCGCGUGUUCGGGACGCGAUCCGACAUGACGAGGAGAUGGUCGAGGCCCGCAGGGCGGCGGUCAUCGUGGACGCGGGCAAGGAAGGCGGCAGGUUGCGAGUAGACAGGCUGGAGAGGCAGGACGGUGUAGAGGCCGGGUUCAGGGGCGCCGUCGAGGCGCUGGGGAGACUGAAGAGGGACAUGCCGUCUGUUGUGGCCAAGAUGGAGAGGGCGAGGGUGGCGGGCGAGUACGUGUUGAAUGCGAAAUAG